GCCAAACAAACAACGGUCACCAGGCCGAGUGCACAACUACAGACACAUUUCCUCCAAAGCUGCGAGAAGAGAGCGAGCGAGCGAGAGACCGAAGGAAAAGGAAAAAAAAGUUUCCCCGAGAAAGUGGAAUCGCAGGAAAAAUUGGCAAAUCACGCUUGCAGGAGAGAAGGAAUUCGAUGCCGUCGUCGUUUCUUCCGAUUCACAUUCCGCCAUUCUGCAAUCUCUGGCUCCGCUGCAGCAACAGCGUCCCGAUGUGACCACCUUUCCGUACAGUCUUUGUUUCUAGCUGCCGAAUCUGCCUCCACCAUUCCGAUCGAAGAAAGCAAAACGCGAAUGACAUGGUUUUAACGUUCCGCGUGAGACGGAGAAAGGAAAUCGCGAAAGCGCCCGCCGAUUGUUCAUUCCGGCUGGAGAUUGGAUCGUUCUAGCAUCGCAAUUGACCGGAAUUGAGGAACGAUUCGUAAAUGUGCUCGCUCACAUUGCACAUUCGGAGACUCUAGGGUUUGCAGACUCUGGCCGCGGAUCAAUCUGAUCGAAUUUGCAAUCGACAAUGGCUGCAUCAGUGAAUUUUGCAGUGGGAUCACUAGUCUGGAUAGAGGAUCCUGAUGUGUCUUGGAUAGAUGGGCAAGUUUUGGCGAUCACUGGCGAUGAACUUAAAGUCCAAUGUACAUCAGACAAGACAGUUGUUGUUAAAGCAUCUAGUGUGUAUCCCAAGGAUCCAGAGUUCCCAUCAUGCGGUGUCGAUGACAUGACAAAGCUUGCAUAUUUGAAUGAACCAGGAGUGCUGCAGAAUCUAAAAGUUAGAUACGACAUAAAUGAGAUCUAUACUUACACAGGAAACAUAUUGAUCGCUGUGAAUCCUUUCCGGAGGCUUCCUCAUCUCUAUGAUGGUCAUAUGAUGGAGCAAUAUAAAGGGGCUGCUAUUGGUGAGCUGAGUCCACAUCCCUUCGCCGUUGCAGAUGCAGCAUACAGACAGAUGAUCAAUGAUCAAAUAAGCCAGUCCAUCUUGGUUAGUGGGGAAAGUGGAGCCGGUAAAACAGAGAGUACUAAGAGUCUUAUGCGUUAUUUGGCCUUUAUGGGUGGGAGAUCUGGGAAUGAAGGACAAUCUGUGGAGCAAAAAGUUUUAGAGUCCAAUCCUGUUCUUGAAGCAUUUGGGAAUGCAAAGACCGUCAGGAAUAAUAACUCAAGUCGUUUUGGGAAAUUUGUCGAGCUCCAGUUUGAUGACAGGGGUAGGAUUUCAGGAGCUGCCAUCAGAACAUAUUUGCUGGAGCGUUCUCGUGUUUGUCAAGUUUCUAGUCCUGAGAGAAAUUAUCACUGCUUUUACAUGCUCUGUGCUGCUCCCCCAGAGGAUAUAAAGAAGUUCAAAGUGGGAAGUGCUAGGUCAUUCCGUUAUCUAAAUCAAUCAGAAUGCAUCGAGUUGGAUGGACUAGAUGACCCAAAGGAGUAUCUUGUGACCAGAAAAGCUAUGGAUGUUGUUGGGAUAAGUGCUGAAGAGCAGGAUGCAAUAUUCAGAGUUGUCGCUGCAGUACUACAUCUAGGAAACAUAGUAUUUGCAAAAGGAAGUGAACCUGAUUCUUCCGAACCUAAGGAUGAUGAUGCUCGUAAGCAUCUCAAGAUAGCAGCAGAACUUUUCAUGUGUGAUGAAAAGGGUCUCGAGGAUUCCCUAUGCAAACGUGUAAUUGUGACCCGUGAUGAUGUGAUAAUGAAGGUUCUCGAUCCUGUAGCUGCCACUAUCAAUAGAGAUGCUCUGGCGAAAAUUGUUUAUUCAAGGCUUUUUGAUUGGCUGGUGAACAAGAUCAAUAGCUCUAUUGGUCAAGAUCCUGAUUCAAAAUCUUUAAUUGGGGUUCUGGACAUAUAUGGGUUUGAGAGUUUCAAGACAAACAGUUUUGAGCAGUUUUGUAUAAAUUUAACCAAUGAAAAGUUGCAGCAGCACUUCAACCAGCACGUGUUCAAGAUGGAGCAAGAAGAAUACACCAAAGAACAGAUCGACUGGAGCUAUAUAGAAUUCAUUGACAACCAGGAUGUUCUUGAUCUAAUUGAAAAGAAACCUGGUGGUAUCCUUGCUCUUCUUGACGAGGCCUGUAUGUUUCCUAAAUCAACAAAUGAAACAUUUGCGACAAAGCUUUACCAGACAUUUAAGGAUCACAAACGCUUUAGCAAGCCUAAGUUGGCACGUAAUGACUUCACUGUUUGUCAUUAUGCUGGCGAUGUAACAUACCAAACUGAAUUCUUUCUGGAUAAAAACAAAGACUAUGUAGUUGCUGAACAUCAAGCUCUCCUCAGUGCGUCUAAAUGCUCCUUUGUGUCAAGCCUGUUCCCCCCAUUACCGGAGGAAUCUUCUAAAUCAUCGAAGUUUUCAUCAAUUGGUGCUCGAUUUAAGCAACAACUGCAAUCUCUGCUUGAGACAUUAAAUGCCACGGAGCCACAUUAUAUCCGUUGUGUAAAGCCAAACAAUGCUCUAAAGCCAGCCAUAUUUGAGAAUGCCAAUGUCCUACAGCAGCUACGUUGUGGAGGAGUAAUGGAGGCAAUCAGGAUUAGUUGCGCUGGGUAUCCGACUAGAAAGCAUUUUAAUGAGUUCAUCGCUCGUUUUGGGAUUCUGGCAACAAAUGUUUCAAAUUUGAGCUGCGAUGAGGUAACUGCUUGCAAGAAGAUUCUAGAGAAGGUGAAACUUGAAGGUUAUCAGGUUGGUAAAACCAAAGUGUUCCUCAGAGCAGGGCAGAUGGCAGAACUAGAUGCUCGCCGGACUGAAGUAUUAGGAAGAUCAGCAACUUUCAUCCAAAGAAAAUUUCUGACAUACUGUUGCCGCAAAAGAUUUUUAAUAUUGCGACAAUCUGCUAUCGAAAUUCAAAAUGUUUGCAGAGGUCAGAUGGCACGUCAUCGGUUUGAAUGUCUAAGAAGAGAAGACGCUUGUGUAAAGAUCCAGAAGUAUUGUCGAAGGUUUUUUGCAAGGAAAUCUUACAACAGUAUGUACUCCUCAGCAGUAUGCAUUCAGGCAGGUAUGCGUGGAAUGACUGCUCGUAGUGACCUCCUAUUCAGGAGGAAGCAGAAAGCUGCAAUUUUGAUCCAGAGUCAAUGCAGAAGGCAUUUGGCACGGCUUCACUAUUUGAAGAUGAAGAGGUCUGCAAUUGUCAUGCAGUGUGCCUGGAGAGGCAAAGUCGCACGUCGAGAACUACGGAAGCUUCGUAUGGCUGCUAAGGAAACUGGUGCUCUUCAAGAAGCUAAAAGCAAGCUAGAAAAGGAAGUGGAAGAACUAACCUGGCGCUUGCAGCUUGAGAAACGUAUUAGGGCUGAUCUUGAGGAAGCCAAAACACAAGAAAUUGGAAAACUACAGUCUGCUUUAAAAGAGCUGCAACUUGAAUUCCAAGAAACUAAAGACAAACUUACCAAGGAGUGCGAGGCUGCUAAGAAAGAAGCUGAGCGGGUCCCAGAAGUACAGGAGGUUCCAGUUGUUGACCACGAACUGGUGAAUAAGCUCACUGAAGAGAAUGAAACUCUCAAGGCUACGGUAAGUGAAUUAGAAAAGAAAAUUGAGGAGACAGAGAAGAAGUACGAGGAGACGAGUAAGCUUUGUGAAGAAAGGAUGCAGGAGAGUAAAGAUGCGGAAGCCAAGAUUGUUGAGUUGAAAGCAACCAUGCAGAGUCUUGAAGGAAAACUUGUGGAAAUGGAAGCUCAAGCAGAAGCUUUGAGGAAGAAAGCGCUGUCCAACUCAUCUCAGCCUCUGGAAAAUGGUCAUGAUGGAAACGAACAAAAGCUUGCUUCUGAUUCAUAUGAAAAAUUAAGGAAAUCUCAGAUUGAAAGGCUACAUCUGAAUGUAGAUGUUUUAAUCACAUGCGUGGAGAAAAAUAUUGGAUUUUGCGAAGGAAAACCGGUGGCAGCAAUCACCGUUUACAGGUGCCUUGUCCAAUGGAGUGCAUUCGAGGCAGAAAAAACAAGUGUCUUUGAUCGGCUUAUACAGACAAUUGGAACUGCGUUUGAGAAUCAAGAUGACAAUGAACAGAUGGCCUACUGGCUCUGUAAUACUACAGUGCUAUUGUUCUUACUUCACCGGACACUGAAAGGCAGCGGGGGGAGCCAAAAUCCAGCUCCUCCAACAUCAUUUUUCGGGAGGAUGGCUCAAUUGUGUCGUUUAAAUCUUUCCAGAGUUUCCGCUCAUCGGCUGCAUUUACUGACGUGAAAGUUGGUAAAGAUGUUAUCCGUGUGGUUGAGGCCAAGUACCCAGCACUGCUUUUUAAGCAACAGCUUACAGCAUAUGUGGAAACAAUGUAUGGGAUAAUCCGAGACAAUUUAAAAAGAGAGAUACAACCGUUGCUGACUUCAUGUAUCCAGGCACCCAGGCAAAAGGGAAAUGCUCUAAGAGCCUCCGUGAAGUCAUUUGGACAAAGUGGUCCAUCUAGUAAUUGGCAUAGCAUUGUGGACAACCUUGAAGCACUGCUAUGUACAUUGAAAGAAAACUAUGUGCCUCCAUAUCUUAUACAGAAGGUCUUCUGUCAGAUUUUUGCAUAUAUCAACGUACAGUUGUUCAAUAGCCUGCUCCUCCGUCGAGAGUGUUGCACAUUCAGCAAUGGGGAAUUUGUGAAAGCUGGCUUGGCCGAAAUGGAAACGUGGUGUGGUCAAGCACAAGAAGAGUUUGUAGGCUCGGCCUGGGAUGAACUAAAGCACACAAGGCAAGCAGUUGGAUUCCUGGUGAUUCACCAAAAAUCCAGGAUUUCCUAUGAUGAUAUCGCAAAUGACCUUUGCCCUAUAUUGAGCGUUCAACAACUGUACAGAGUUUGCACGUUGUACUGGGAUGACAACUACAAUACACGAAGCGUCUCUCCAGAUGUGAUUUCCAGCAUGAAAACUCUGGUAACAGACGAUUCCACCAACGACCACUCAUUUCUAUUGGAGGACAGCACAAGGCUGCCUUUCUCAGUGGCAGAGAUAUGCAAUUCCUUCCAAGAGAAGGACUUCUCUGAUGUGAAGUCUCCUGAAGAACUGACCGAGAGUCCCGACUUCCAAUUUUUACUGCUGGAAUAAGGGGUUUGAGAUUCCUCAAUCAAUCAAUCAACUUCUUCAUCAAGUUUUGCUUGCUUCCCUUCCUCUACUUUUGCAUAUCCUGCGUCUCUAUGUCGCAGAUGUUAAUAUAUUUAUAUUUACCAGAUCAAAUUAGAGGACAGAAGAAGGCGCCCAGAAAACGAGAAGAACAAGAAGAUAAAGGGAACCAUAAUUUAGGAUGAUUCUCUCAUACGUAGUUGCCUAGCUUUGCGUAUAUUUCAUUCGUUCGUUCAUUCAUUCAUGCAUGCAACCAUAGAGGCAUUCUUUCUUUGCUUUCUCCUUCUGUAUUUAUUUAACGAUUCACAUUCACUACUAGUGGGAGCUAAAAGGCUCCAUUUU